UCAAACAGCCCAGCUGCUCCACGCCUCUCAAUGAGAUUGUUUUUAUUUGCUGUCGCCUCGCUCUCUUCUCUUCCUCCCUCUCUCUCUCUCUCUCUCUCUUGCUCUCUCGCUCUCGCUCUCUCUCUCUCCGUGCCACAUUUUCUCACAUGUUUGGGGGAUUCAGCAGAUCGGCGGUCGGACAGCUCAGCUCAGCUCAGCGCGGUGCAGUGCAGCGAGUCACAGCGUGUGAUUAAAGCAGAGGGGGACUGAAUCAGCAUCGCUUUGCGUCCCUGCUUCUCCACCCCUCCCUCCCCUCUGUCCAUCCAUCCAUCCGUCCAUCCCAGCCCAGCCGGCUUCAACUCAGAAGCACGCCCACGCAGAGGACUGCCUAGGAAUCAGGCGGGCGGGCAGACAGACAGACAGACAGACACCCAGACGAACGGGAACACACACACACACACGCACGCAGACAGACAGACAGGCGAACGAACCAACGAACGUGCACACACACGGCUGCCAUACCAGUGGACAGACACAGACAUGGAGUCCCAGGAUAGCCGGCGCUCAUUUCUGCACAGGUGCUGGACCUCGCCGGACAGGAUGGGGGUCAGUGUGCUCGUCGUACUCCUGAUCGGUGUGUGGUGCGCCCAGGGUCUGGAGAUGUCCGUGGGGAAGGUGGGCAUCAUCGAGGCGGUGAACGGCAGCACAGUGCUCAUGCCGUGCGUCUACUCCAGCUGCAUCGGCAUCAAGAACCUCUACUUCAACUGGAGCUACAACAGAACCGAGCCACUGUGUGAGGGCUUGAUCCCGAUGGAGGGCAUCGAUCCUCAUGUGGUCAUCCUGAACGAGCGUGUGGAGUUCGUGGGCUCCAGUAAGACGAGCAACAUCUCCAUCCUCUUCAAGAACAUCACCUUUGAAGACGCGGGGGACUACAUCUGCUUCGGCAAAAACCCCAAGGAGAAGGGACGCAACCACAGCGCCACCCUGACCCUCAUUGUCGUCGAUCAACUGCGCGAAGUGGACAACACUCUCACCACCAUCAUCAUGUCAGUGGUCGGAGGGGUCAUCGGAUUCCUCGUCUUAGCCAUGGUCAUCAAAUCCCUUGUGCUCCUCGCUCUCGGCAAGGUCCAAGAGAAAAACAAAGAGUGCCUUGUGAGUUCUUCAGGGAAUGACAACACAGAGAACGGUCUCUCCGGCUCCAAAGCAGACAACAAAGCGACACCAAAGGCAUGAGGGCGUGUAUGUUUCUACAUACCACUCCAUGUAUAUAUGUAUACAUGCAAGUGUAUAUACAUAUAUAAAUAUAUGGUGAAGAAGAAGAUGUGUAUAGACAGAGAUCACUAUAAUGGACUGCUUUAUUCUCUUGACCCUUAUGGGGAAUUGUACUUCAUGGAUUGGAUCAUAUGAUAAUUCUUAUUUUUAUUUUUAUUUAUUUUUUUCAAUUGCGCUUGAGACUUGGAUUUAUGGGAAAGUGUCACGGGCUGGAUUCAUAAACAUUGCUAUGCUAGCUUCACCCUUAGCAACAUACAACAACAGAUACUCUCUCGGCUACGGCAGGCUAGCGCUGAAUGCUGUUUACAUGGGGUGAAUACUGGCUUCAGAAUAGACAUUUAGAGAUCCAGUAAGGACUGUAGAUAUCAGUGGGGACGUGCAGGGAGAGACAGAGGGACUUUUCAGACAUAUUGCCCCCUCUCCCUCUCAAUGAACACUGGACGCACACAGCAUACACACACACUGCCAACGGUCUGCCAGCAUCUGAGCUAGGCAGGCUCAACUCAGCUCACUGCAGCACAUGAAGAACAGUUGAUAUUUUUUACCGUAUAACGUAAAAGUUCAUAUUUGUAAACACUCACAUGCAUUCCAAAAUAACACUGCUGAGGGGAAGAUAUCAAGGCAAGCAAAAUCCUUCUUUCAGUGCUGUCUAUGCCAUUGCUCAGAUAUUCCUCAAGCACUGGAGGCAAUGACAUGAUUAAAGUCCAUGUUAGACCUCUCAGCACAUAAACUAGACCCUACUCUACAGUCUACAGUAUACAGGUGCAGGAAGUGUAGAACGACAAAUAAAAAGCCACACACACAACGGCCCUUGACGCUUGAGGGUGGAGGGGCAUGGGAGGUGUUUAUAAAUCCAGCCAUGAACAGACUUUUCCUUUCGCUUUAGACGCGUCACCGGUGCCUGCACAUGCUUCUGACUUUCUUCUGCUUUUAUGGAACCUUCUUUCCUUCUGCUACUCACACACACACACACA